AUGUUUUCAUUUUCUGAUCAUGAGAUGGUUUUGAUCUUUGGUCUUCUAGGUAACAUCGUGUCAUUCAUGGUGUUCUUAGCACCCUUGCCAACCUUCUAUACAAUCUACAAGAACAAAUCAUCAGAGGGGUUUCAAUCAAUCCCAUAUGUGGUUGCACUUCUUAGUGCAUUGCUGCUGCUAUAUUAUGGGUUCAUAAAGACCAAUGCCACUUUAAUUAUCACCAUCAACUCUAUUGGAUGUUUUAUAGAAGUUGCAUACUUAACAAUGUACAUUAUAUAUGCUCCCAAGAAGCAGAAGAUUUCCACUUUGUUUAUGAUACUCAUUCCUGACCUUGGAGGUUUUGGCUUGACCAUGUUAAUCACAAACUUUGCUGUGAAGGGCAUCAACCGUGUUCAUGCUGUUGGAAUGAUUUGCGCUAUUUUUAACAUUGCAGUGUUUGCUGCUCCUUUAAGCAUCAUGAGAAAGGUCAUAAAAACCAAAAGUGUAGAGUUCAUGCCAUUUUCAUUGUCCUUCUUUCUCACCAUCUGCGCCACCAUGUGGUUUUUCUAUGGGCUCUUCGACAAGGAUUACUACAUUAUGCUGCCAAAUGUGCUAGGAUUUCUAUUUGGCGUCUCUCAAAUGAUCUUAUACACCCUAUACAAGAAUGCUGAGAAGAAUAUAGACACCGAUUGUUCAAAGAAGCCAGAAUGGGGGGGCACAGUGAACUCCACACAGCAUAACUGCGAUGGCAAUAAACUCGACUUCCCUUCACUGGUGGAAAUGAAAGAGGAUCAAGUUUGA